CCCCUCCUUCCUCUCCCACCUGGAGCCCGUCCGCCCAGGUCGGUCGCUAGGCGUGGGGGAAGCGGACCUGGUGGCAGGUGGAGCGGAAGCGGUUAGGCUUGGGUUCUGCCACGCAGGUGGCCUCCAAAGAUGCUCUGACUGCCAUCCAUACCUUUAAACACUUUUGGAGUAGGUGUUGUAUAGAUUCCUUUCUCGAAUGCAGGUCAUUGCAAUUUCGUUCUAAUUCUUCGCUGCACCUUAUACAAUUUUUCGAGGCCUAAAUCCUAGGAAGUCGUUGGGUGAAGCUUUGGAUUGUUUAUGGUUCAGGAAAGUGGAUUACAUUUACUCCCAUUAUUUCCCUUUGGGAGUAUCUCACUGACUUUUCAGCUUUUGGAUCUUGGUAAGGGUGCUUACCUGUAGGAGAUUCUAAAAUAACUACGACCCCUUCCCUCUUUGGGAUAUACUUUCAAAACCUCAGAAUGCUCUCGUGAGGAUUUUUGAGGGGGGAAGGACAGGUUGGUAAGACUACCCCAAAGGACAAAUUGUAAUUGUGAUUCAGAGCUGUUAUACAUUUUAUCAUUUUCAAGCUUCCUGAGCAUUGGGUAAUUCUUGUUUUAUCUCAUCACCUCGCCAAUACACUUAAGUACCUAGUAGAUUAUACUCUUUCUGGCCAUUUGUAUUUUAUCACUGCAUCACAGACAGGGAUUAAAGUCCGGAAUGGUGGCUGUUGCAUAAUACACACAUUUGAGCCCUGGAGGGAAUUCACCAAAAUGGAUCCGGGUUUGAUGUGCCUGGUAGUAUCUUCUGCUGGCAUUUAUGUAUGCCUGUACAAAAGAUGUGCAGGUUAUCUUUGCAAACUAUAUUUUGCUUUUCUCCUACAAGAGGAAUGAUUUUAGGUGACUAAUGGACCAGAUGAAGUUUUUGGUCUAUCGACAACUCAAGUUUUUGGUUCACAAAAUUCUUUGCUUGUUUUUUGAGGGGUUUGGGGAUGCGGGGGGCGAGCCCCGGGAAUGUGGUGAUGAGAGGAACUUGGGAAAAGUCCAUCUGUGAUAAGACUUGCAGUAUUAUAAACAAAGAUAAAGUAUCAGUCUUUCAUGGGAAGCUUGUAGCAUCAGGAUGGACUCCUCUCUUUGAAUUUAUGAUGAGGAUUGUUUCAGGGAACUUAUAUGAGUAGCAACAUUGGCCUGCCCGCUUGAGUGAUUAUAACCUAAGAUGCUUGACCUGUGGAUUUUAGGUUCUAACAAGUUCCAAAUUAGCCUCACCUUUGACAUAGUAUUGGAAUCUACAAUAUACUUCAAACAAAAGGCUUACUUUGAUUUGGAGAAAACAGAAUAUUUUAUAAUUAGAUCGACUUGAGAGUCAUCCUCUUUAUUAAAUGUACUCUAAACUUUUUUCUAAGUUGCAGACUCUUUGACUUAUCCUCUCUGCAAACAAGUGGUUCCGUAUCAUGUACCACCCCUAGCAGAAAUGUCCUGCUGCUUCUUAAUGACAUGGUCUGUGGGGAGAAUUAAUGGAGGUGAAAAGGACCUUGGACAUUGAGAGAUGAGAUGAGAGAGGAUUCUUGUUUUAGAGAGCUUAAAGGAUGGCAUUCCCUGUGGAUAUGCUGGAUAAUUGCAGUCAGGAGGAAUUGGAAAAUUCUGCUGAAGAUUACAUGUCAGAUUUAAGGUGUGGGGACCCUGAAAAUCCUGAAUGUUUUUCUCUUCUCAAUAUUACGAUUCCUAUUAGCUUGUCAAAUGUAGGCUUCGUACCUCUUUAUGGUGGAGACCAGACCCAGAAAAUUCUUGCUCUUUUUUCACCUGAGGACUCACUCACAGCUGUGGCACUUUACCUUGCUGAUCAGUGGUGGGCUAUUGAUGAUAUUGUGAAAACAUCUGUCCCUUCUAGAGAGGGGCUUAAGCAGGUGAGAACUCUUGGGGAGAGAGUGGUUCUGUAUGUUCUCAAUCGAAUUAUUUAUAGAAAGCAGGAAAUGGAGAGAAAUGAGAUCCCAUUCCUGUGUCAUAGCAGUACUGAUUAUGCUAAGAUUCUGUGGAAGAAAGGAGAGGCCAUUGGGUUUUAUUCAGUUAAGCCUACAGGAAGCAUAUGUGCCUCGUUUCUUACCCAAAGUUACCAAUUGCCAGUUCUUGAUACGAUGUUUGUAAGAAAGAAAUACAGAGGCAAAGACUUUGGCCUUCAUAUGCUGGAGGACUUUGUUGAUUCCUUUACAGAAGAUGCACUUGGCUUGCGGUAUCCACUGACCUCUCUCAUGUACACAGCCUGCAAGCAGUACUUUGAAAAGUAUCCAGGAGACCAUGAACUCCUUUGGGAAGUUGAAGGUGUUGGACACUGGUACCAGCGAAUACCAGUCACCAGAGCAUUGCAAAGAGAAGCACUUAAAAUGACUGCAGUUUCUCAGAAUGAAGCUAAAAGACCUGUGCCUGGAGAGUAUGCGCUUGCAUCUGUUCCAGAAUAUGAAGUAGGAACCGAAGACAAUCAGCCAAGUGAGAUGCAGCUAACUAUUGAUUCUUUAAAAGAUGCCUUUGCAAGCACUUCUGAAGGUCAUGGUAAAACACCUGUUUCCACUCGUACUCGAAGUAGCCAUUUAAAACGGCCAAAGAUUGGAAAGCGAUUUCAGGAUUCUGAAUUUAGCGGUUCUCAAGGGGAAGAUGAAAAGACUCCCCAGACUUCACCUACAGCUUCAGUAAACAAAUUGGAGUCUACGGCACACACAUCAGAGAGCUCAGAAGAAUUCUUGGAAGAACCUGAACAGAGUGUGAUUGACUUUGAGGAUGAAAGUAGUGAUAAAGAUGUUCGGCCAGCACCAGAAGCCCAGCCACAGCUGGAAAAGCAAGAUGGUGAAAAGGAAUCUGAAUUAGAGCCUAUGAAUGGUGAGAUAAUGGAUGACACUCUUAAGACUUCACUUAUAACAGAAGAGGAGGACUCCACUAGUGAAGUUUUAGAUGAAGAAUUAAAAUUGCAGUCUUUUAAUUCCAGUGAAGACUCUACAAAUCUUGUUCCACUGGUGGUAGAAUCUUCAAAACCCCCUGAGGCUGUUGCCCAGGAUAAGACCUCACAUAUAACUGACUCAGAAAUGUUGCUAGAUGAAGGCCCAUCUGAUGACAAGGGGCACAGUGAGGAGAAGCUGCCUCUAGUCUCACGGAAGAAAGCCCAUUUUGGGAGUUCAGACAAUGUUACUACCAUCCCAAACGAAGAACGGUCCGACAGUGGUUUUCCAAACUCUGUGAUAGCUGAAUUCUCUGAAGAGUCCAUCUCUGAAAAUGUGUCGCCCAACACGACUUCCUCAUUGGAAGAUCAGGGUGAGGAGGGGGUCGCUGAGUCCCAGGAAACAUCCACGGCUCUUCCUCAGAGUUCUCUGAUAGAAGUCGAACUCGAAGAUGUGCCGUUUUCGCAGAACGCGGGACAGAAGAACCAGUCGGAGGAGCAGUCUGAAGCAUCUUCUGAGCAGCUGGAUCAGUUUACACAAUCAGCAGAGAAGACUGUGGAUAGCAGCUCCGAGGAGAUCGAAGUGGAAGUGCCUGUGGUCGACAGGCGGAAUUUAAGAAGAAAGGCCAAAGGGCACAAAGGACCUGCCAAGAAGAAAGCCAAGCUGACUUGAAUGAAGAAGAAAGGCAGAUGAUAAAUCCUCCUCUUUGUAACCUAACUGUUGUUUUUAAAAUAUGGCAAUUAAUAAAUAGCAUGGGGCAUAGGACAAAAAUUCCAAAUUUUCAAUUUGAACUUAUUUGUGAUGCCGUUUCCCACCCCACCCUCCCCAGUAGGACCUAGGAGUCACCGUUCUUUUUAAUUUUUCAGGCUAUUUUGUGUAAGUACAAUUUUUUUAAUUUUUAUUAACCAUGUUUCAAUUUUGGGAAACCAGAUCAUACUAUAUUUUCUUUAGCAGUUGGGGAUAUCUGACCCUUAAUAUUUCAGAAAAUAUAAAUGAAAAUACUAUGAGAGUCAUAGGGUUUCCAUCAAUUGUAAGGAUCACUGAAAUCUUUUAUACUAAGGGUUUUAAUAGUAAACUUGGUGAAGGUUCUAGAAGUUUUAUCUUAAAUAUCAAAACUAAUCACUGUUUUUUAAAUUGUAGGCAUGCUUAAGCAGAAAGGUCAGUAAAUUAGGAUAAAUAUAACCUCAGCUAAAUGAGAGCACAAAUUCGGAAAUCUAUGGUCAGAGGUUCAUGAAGGUGGUAUUUUGGCCUCUUAAUUCUUAGCUGAGGUGCAGUUUCUUCCUUUGACUUCAAUGGCUGUGGAAAGAUCCAAACAAAAGCUGUUUCCAGCUCACUCUUUACAACAUCUGAUGUUAAUGGCACCACUAGAGAUUUAACUCUGGCAUGUAGGCACUAGUAUUUAAUAUUUCAUUUGAAGCUGGGAACUGUCUUUUCGUCCUCUUCCAGCUAACAUGCGUAGUACUUUCCACAGGUGAGAACCCUUCCUAAGGCUUCUCCUUAAUCCUGCCACUGCCUUUAUUCUAGAAUCUUCUUUAUAUUCCCCUCCGCUUUCUUCCACUUCGCUUAACACGUGGAGUAGUGAUUCCUGUGAAAAGAUCAGCCUGCCUGUCAGCUUAUGCCCUUGGCUUCCAUUUCUUUUGGUAGGUUUGAAACUGCGCCCCCAAUCUUAGACCUGGAUGGCAGGAAAACCUGCCCGAGGAGCAGGUCUUAACCUAUGAUUGUAAGAACUUAAGUCAGGUUGGAGUCUUGUUUCUCCCUUUGGGCUUGACCUGUUUUGUGAGGACAGGUUCCAAGCUAUCCUAGGUGAGUACAUUGUGUUGCUACAGCAAAAGGCUUUGCCUGGGAAAACUAAAAACAAACAAACAAAAAAACUCAAUUUUUUUAUUUUUGUAUAGCAGUUUAUUUAAAAGUGAAUAAAAUGGUUAUUUUUAGAAUCCGAAGCGAAUCUUGAAACAGCCCUCCUCUUUGGAAGUAUUAUGUGUACUCAGAUUUUCAUUUAAGUUUGAACUUUGAGACCAUUAUUUUUUAAACUACUUGGUCCUUACAUGAAAAGAAAGGUGUUAGGACUUUUCAUUGUUUGAGGUGCUAAAGAUUGAUGUUAAAGGUUUAUUCAGUCUGCAGUUGUGAUGUCAUUAAGUUUUAUUUUGAGAUGUUGGCAUAUUAGAGAUUUAAAGUUGAGGUAAAAUCUUCAGCAGGCAAAAUAGCAAACCCUCCUUAUUCACAUAAAAUGUUGAAUAUUUGUAUCCCCUACAUUUUCUUUGUUAUUGGUCAGAGGUAAGCCAGAUUAUUUCAUUCUGUGUGAAAAUUAAGCACUUGGGCCAUUUGUUUUCUUAACAGAUGCUAAUCAAGUGAAAGAAUAAGUGUGACUAAUACUAGUGUAUCUAUGAAAUGUUUAUGCUGUUUUAUACAUUUUGUGAGCAAUUUUUGUUCAUACCACAAUUAGGGAAAUAAAGAUGUAGUAAAUUCUUAACCUUUCCAUUUUUAAUUUCUUAAAAUAGAUUUAAACCCCUAACGUUUAGAUAGUAAAUUUUUUACUUGGAUUCUUCCUUGUUCUCUUUAAAAUACUUUUUUUUUUAGUUUAAGACUGAGCUCACUGACAACUCUUGAUGUGUGAAUAUAGCCUCUGAGUUUACAAAAAAGAAAUGUUGACUUCAUACGUGAGCACUGAUGACUAACAGUAUCAAUUUAUACUUGGUAAACUUGUUUGGUAAACAGUAAGUGCAUUUUAAGCAAUUUUAAAACUUUGGGUUCAGCACACAAGAAAAUUUUUGUCAUAUAUUUUCUCGGGCAAAAUGUUUUAGCGUUUAUAGAUAGUAGACAAAAAAGUUAGGUCCCAUGGAACAACCUAUUGUUCAGUAACAAUGGGUUCUAAUAAUGAGUACAGAAUUUGUAACAAAAUUUAUCCUCAAUAAGGAAUCUAAAUAAAAAUCUGAUUACUUCUACUUUUUGCAAAGUUAUUAGAAAAACUCUUGAGAAUUGCAGAGGACUGAAAUUUGAUUUCAACCAGGUAGUCUAGUUGAGUGUCCAGUCACAUUCUAGAGUCCUUUGUGAACUGUUUUUUUGUUUAGAAGUCUUAUUCGUGGAGAAGGGCGUUCACUUCGGUUUGUGUAAAUACAUAUAUAUUUCCUUGUGUAAUAUAAAGCAGACAGAUACUAGCAGAAUUUUAGUUCUACUUUCAAGUUUAAAUUAUUCAAUUGCUAGAUAUCACAGAAAUAUAUUUAAGAAUUUAUUAUAAAGUUCCUCUACAACUUUUAACAGUGAGAGGGUCUAUUAUGAUUUUUUAUAAAAUCAAAUAGCAUGACAGAAUGUCAAUCUUCUACUACUUAAAAUGUGUCUAUAUUCAUGGUGUUUCCAUUCAGUGCAGAGAAUUCUGGCAAGGAUAAAAAUUACUAGUGAUUUAAAAUUCACUUUUAGCUGACCACCAGAACAUCACCUAAAAUGGUUUCAGUGACUUUAGAAAAAUACCUUGAAGGUUUAUGAUUGCAUCAAUUGAGCCUUUACCUGGUACCUACACAUCUGCUCUUACAUUCUGCUUUACCCUUAGGGAUUACCUUCUAAGGUUUGGUCACACCAGCAAACUGAAACAGAUCUUAAUGUAAAUAAAGAAUUUAUACUGACAUUACUCAUCUGUAUAACAGUAUUUUAGAAAUUUCUGCCUUGUAUGUCCACUAGUAGCAAUAUGGUGUUUAAAGUGUUAUCCAGUCUUUUAUGGGUGUGAUUAGUUACACAAAUGUUUGUGCUUCUGUUUAUACGACGAGUAUCAAGCUUUAUUUGUACAAGAUAGUUAACUUGCUUAUUUCUGGUUCUGAAAAAUAAGCUAACCUCAGUUCUGUAUCCAGUGCUUAUUACCUUUAGUUGAUUUUUUUUUCUUUCACCCUCCAAAUACUUGUCAUUCACACAUUACCCAUUUUUAUUAGUGGCAAAAUCAUUUGUUAAAAUCUAAUUGUAAGGAAGGCUCAGUUUCUGUUAUCCUGAAAUAAUUGUAUCGUAAAGGAUAGUUAUUCCCAAGGAACUAGCCUUGCUUUUCCUAAGUGUCUCUGUAUUCUAAAACUUCUACUAUGUUUAUAGAAUUUAGAAAAGAUCUUACAUUAUUCAGAAUGGCAAGACUUAACCUAAGACGUUUGUUUUCUUGGUAGUUUUUACGUUUAACAGUAGUGAUUAAAUCUAUAUUUUGUGAUUGUUUCCUGGUGUUUUGAAAUUCCUUCCCUUUUCCUUAAUUUCAUUGGUGAAGAUAUGUUGAGAUGUUGAAUUUGUUUAGACACUGAUUUUGUUAAAGGCACAAUUAAUCACAUUGGUUGUACUUUCAAGACAGAAUUUAACAAAUAAACAGAAUUUAAAGCAA